AGUCGAUUAAACACGUAAUUGCCUCUAAAACACGACCUAACAAUUAGAAUUUUCCAAAUGGAGAGCUAGGUUUUAAGAUGUUGACAUUCUGAAACUAUUUUGAGGAAGAAAAUAAGCUAAACGUUGUCUUAGCCAGAGUUCACGUCAAUCCGGCCCGAUCGUGAUCCGACUGCUUCUCUUAACUGUGGAAGAACCACGGAGAAGCAUGAAAUAGAAUUGUGUUGAACUGACAAAUGCUCUUGGUCGAGUGUAACGGUGAAGGUGACACGGUUUUUUAAUUUAAAAGAAAGAUGGCCGGACGUGGACUGGUUGAUGGGGAGUGUGGGGGAAGCAACUCCCUCAUGAAGUUAAACUCACAUUUCACUCGGGAUCGGGCAUUUAAGCAAGAAGGUUUUCGACCGCCAGGGCAGGGACCCCCAGUUGGAGUUCAGGCUGGGAAACCCAUCACGCAGAUAAGUCCAGAUGAGCUGGUGAAUGAGUUCAUGUUGGGGCAUCAGACAGCGAUCGCCCCCCAGACGUUCCACAUGAGCAGUCUGCUGCAGGAGAUGAGAGAGAUCGAGGAGUCGGAGAUGAAGCACAUGCCACACAGAGCUCCUGGAAUAGCUGAGUUGGCAUCUGACGCCAACUGGGCUGAGGAAUUCCUGACAACAGAGAACAUGGCAGCAGCUGGUGGAGAUUGGGUGAAGGAAUUCCAGGGGGGCCAACAGGCAGCGGCAGCCGAUGCCAAGUGGGGGCAACAGGCAGAUGGAGUACCGAACCCACGCCUUAGAUUGGCUAUGUCGGAGCAGUACGAGCGAGAGCAGCUGGACGAUACCAAGUGGAUUGAUGAGUUUCAUCAAGGCAGUGAUUUAGAGAAGACGGCCAAUGAUCUGCUUGGCUCUGUAGAUGACCCCAAGUUCAGUAACUCCGAGUUCAUGAAGUUUGUGAAGCGUAUUGGUGAUGGGGAAAUUACAAUAGAGGAUAAUAAAGUGCUACAGAAAACUCCAGGUCAAAGGUCAGAUGACUGGGCGCAAGAAUUCUCAGCUGGGCAGGCAGGGGCUUCAGUGACUGACAAGUGGGCAGAGGAGUUUGCAGAAUUUUCAACCAAUCAGCCUGAGCCUGAGGCAUUCUGGGAUAAUCUUCAAAAACACUGGGAAGAUGUGGACAGAAAUGACAGUCAGCCAUGGUUGACGGAGUUUGAGCAGUCAGAGCCGUACAAGACCUACAGUUUUGAGGACGACAACCCCCUGCUGGAUCAUCCGAACCCAUUCGCAGCUGGCCUGGAGAAGUUGGAACAGGGAGACAUUCCCAACGCUGUGCUGCUGUUUGAAGCCGCUGUCAGGAAGGAUGACUCACACAUGGAGGCCUGGCAGUACCUGGGAACGUCACAGGCGGAGAAUGAAAAUGAACCCGCAGCCAUAGCAGCUCUUAAAAGGUGUUUAGAGUUAUCUCCCAAUAACCUGACCGCCUGGCUGUCACUGGCUGUGAGUUACACCAACGAGUCCCUCGGGUCCUACGCCUGCCACGCCCUCAAGUCCUGGCUCAAACACAGUCCCAAGUAUGCCAGUCUGGUGCCAGGACCUCUAGGGGAGAAGCCAGUCACCUCGUCCUUCAUGUCAACCCAAGACUACGAGGACGUGAAGGACCUGUACCUAAAGGCUGUCCACAUGGAGGACCGGGGCAAGAUUGAUGCUGAUGUUCAGUGUGCCCUGGGCAUCCUGUUCAACCUGAGUGGAGAAUACAACAAGGCUGUAGACUGCUUCCAUGCUGCACUGCAGGUCAAACCCAAGGAUGCCUUGCUAUGGAACAAACUGGGUGCUACUCUUGCUAAUGGCAACAGGAGUGAAGAGGCAGUGGAAGCAUACCACAAUGCAUUGCAGCUGUCUCCUGGCUUUAUCCGAUCUCGGUAUAAUCUCGGCAUCGCCUGUAUAAACCUUGGUGCUCACAGGGAGGCAGCUGAGCAUUUUCUAACAGCUCUGAACAUGCAGCAGCAGAGUCGAGGCCCAAAUGGACCCGAGUCUGUGAUGUCCAGCAACAUCUGGUCAACCCUCAGAAUGACCCUCUCCAUGCUCGGCCGACCUGACCUCUACAACGCGUGUGACUCAAACAGUCUAGACGUACUCAACAAGGAGUUCAAGAUGCAGUCAUGACCCAACUUUCAGUUAAAGGAGACAACCAUCACCAACUGUCUGGUUGCUGAACAGAAAACAGAGUCCAUGCCGGAACUACUUUCUGAUGUGGACAAUUUACCAGGAGUACUUCGGCUUAUAUUCUGCUGAGAUUCACAACUUCUGAUGAACUUGAUUCCAUGGAUAAUUAACUGACGAAAACCAAGAAGGGUAACGGUCAUUGUGUUAAUGGAUGUGUACAAUUCUAGUUUGAAAAACUAGUGAUUGGAAUAACAGUAUCUCUGUGUGUGAAAAGAAGGCUGAUUAUGGAGGGCAUUAUUAUUAUUUUGGUUGUGAGAAGUUUGUAUUAAUCAGAAAAAUAUUUGCCAUGGGCACAGUGCCGACAAAUCAAUAUUCUUGGAUUUGAACCCUUGAUCUAAAGGGUCUGACACAGGAGGUGCCUUAACAACCGGGCCUUAACUAACAUGGGUGUUAGGGUAGGCUAAUGGUUAAGGUGUUCGCUUGGCACACCAGAGUCCAGGGUCCCGUUCCUCAAAGCGAUCGUAGCGCUACGACAGUCGUAAGUCUAUGUUAAAGUAUGGGAGUUACGAUCACCUUAGCGCUACGAUCGCUUUCAGGAACGGGGCCCUUGCUUGUAUUCCACACAAGGUUUCCCAUGCUUAUUUUACUGGCAUAACACUUAAACAUCUAGAGUAAAAAUAUACCAGUACUUGCUCCCCUUACUACUAAAUCACAUUAAUAGUUUCUCCGCUUUGUUUGGGCAGUGGGGUAGUCUAGUGGUUAAAGUAUUUGCCUGUCAUGCUGAAGCCCCGGGUUCGAUUCCCCACAUUGGUACAAAUUUGUGAAGCCCAUUUCUGUUGUCCGCUGCUGUGAUAUUGCUGGAAUAUUGCAGGAAGCAGCAUGAAAGUAAGCUCAUUCACUUUAUCCUCGAUACAUUUAAGAAUGUUUUAAUGCACAUAUUCUGAUCGGUUUCUGGAUAACGAACAGAGUAACGUACUUGCAAGAAGGGUUGAUCAUCAUCAGAAUUUUACAGUUCAUUAUCAUCA